GGUGACAAAGAGACCGGGGAGCCCCUCUGGCUUCAGUCGUCACCCGAGAGAACUUGGUGUUUUUUUGUUGUUGUUUUUUUUAAUAGGCUGGUGGUCUUUUGACAUUUUUAAAUGUUUUAAAUUUUGUUUUAUCAUCAUCAUAUUUGGAGGGGGGAACAACCAUGCCUGUCCGGAGGGGUCAUGUUGCGCCACAAAACACCUUUUUGGGAGUAAUUAUCCGGAAAUUCGAAGGACAAAACAGGAAAUUCAUCAUCGCCAAUGCCCGGGUGCAGAACUGCGCCAUCAUCUACUGUAAUGACGGCUUCUGCGAGAUGACGGGCUUCUCCCGGCCGGACGUCAUGCAGCGGCCGUGCACCUGCGACUUCCUGCACGGCCAGGCCACCGCCCGGCACUCGGCGGCCCAGGUGGCCCAGGCCCUGCUGGGCUCCGAGGAGCGCAAGGUGGAGAUCACCUACCACCGCAAGGACGGUUCAAACUUCCUCUGCGUCACCCAUGUCAUCCCCGUGAAGAACGAAGAGGGCAUGGUCAUGAUGUUCAUCCUCAACUUCGACUACGUCCUGUACGAAGGAAGCAGCGACUCGCUGGAGAGACUCAACCACACGUCGCCGGCCAAAGCUGACCGACGAAAAGGGCGAUUCUUCCGCUUCUGCUUCCCGGCCAUCCCUCUGCUGGGCCUCAGCAAGCAGUCGCUGCCCCAGGAGGACCCGGACGCCGUCACGGUGGACUCUCCUCGCCACAGCGACGGCUCGGUGGCGACGCGCGACGACCAGCUCCCCGCCGCCGCCGCCACGCGCGAGAGCUGCAGCCCGACCGACGCCAACGACACCCGCGCCCUCAUCGGCCCCAUCAGCCACUGCUCCACCCCCGUGUCGGGGCCCUUGGACCACUCGUCGCCAAAGGGCCCCUGGGACCGGACGUACCAGACCCACCGGCGCCGGAGCAAGGAGGACGGCAUCACCGCGGCGCCGUCCAUCCCGGGCCUCACGCCAACCGCCUCCAGAGAGAGCGUGUGCAGCAUCCGCAGAGCGUCCUCCGUGCACGACGUCCAGGGCUACGGGGCCAACUCCAAGGGUGCGUUCAGGGACCGGCACGCCGGUGAAGGGCCGCUGAGUCAUAUCCGAUCCAGCCUUCUGGGCUCCACCUCCGAAUCCAACCUGAACCGGUACAGCACCAUCAACAAGAUCCCCCUCAUCACGCUCAACUUCUCCGAGGCCAACAACGAGAAGAAGUGCCCCUCCCCUCCGUCCUCCGAGAAAACCCUCAUCGCCCCCAAGGUCAAGGACCGCACGCACAAUGUCACCGACAAGGUCGCGCAGGUCCUCUCUCUGGGUGCAGACGUGCUGCCCGAGUACAAGCUCCAGACCCCGCGCAUGGACAAGUGGACCAUCCUCCACUACAGUCCCUUCAAGGCCGUGUGGGACUGGCUGAUCCUGCUGCUGGUCAUCUACACGGCCAUCUUCACGCCUUACUCCGCCGCCUUCCUCCUCAACGACAUCGAGGAGCAGAGGCGGCGCGAGUGCGGUUACUCCUGCUCCCCCCUCAACGUGGUGGACCUGAUCGUGGACAUCAUGUUCAUCGUGGACAUCCUCAUCAACUUCAGGACCACGUACGUCAACGCCAACGAGGAGGUGGUCAGCCACCCGGCCAAGAUCGCCAUCCACUACUUCAAAGGCUGGUUCCUCAUCGACAUGGUGGCCGCCAUCCCAUUCGACCUGCUCAUCUUCGGCUCAGGAUCAGAUGAGACCACCACCCUGAUCGGCCUCCUGAAGACCGCCCGCCUGCUGCGGCUUGUCCGGGUCGCACGCAAGCUGGACCGCUACUCCGAGUACGGCGCCGCCGUCCUCAUGCUGCUCAUGUGCAUCUUCGCCCUGAUCGCCCAUUGGCUGGCCUGCAUCUGGUACGCCAUUGGCAACGUGGAGAAGCCGUACCUGGAGCACAAGAUCGGCUGGCUGGACAACCUGGGCGUGUCCAUCGGAAAGAAGUACAACUACAGCGACCCCAGCUCGGGCCCGUCCAUCAAGGACAAGUACGUCACGGCGCUCUACUUCACCUUCAGCAGUCUGACCAGCGUGGGCUUCGGCAACGUGUCCCCCAACACCAACUCCGAGAAGAUCUUCUCCAUCUGCGUCAUGCUCAUCGGCUCUCUAAUGUACGCCAGCAUCUUUGGGAACGUGUCCGCCAUCAUCCAAAGGUUGUACUCCGGUACGGCCCGGUAUCACCUCCAGAUGCUCCGGGUCAAAGAAUUCAUCCGUUUCCACCAGAUCCCGAACCCGCUGAGGCAGAGGCUGGAGGAGUACUUCCAACACGCCUGGACCUACACCAACGGCAUCGACAUGAAUAUGGUCCUGAAGGGUUUCCCCGAGUGCCUGCAGGCGGACAUCUGCCUCCACCUCAACCAGACGCUCCUGGAGGGCUGCAAGGUGUUCCAAGGGGCCACCAAGGGCUGCCUCCGGGCCCUGGCCAUGAGGUUCAAGACCACCCACGCGCCCCCGGGAGACACGCUGGUCCACGGCGGGGACGUGCUCACCGCGCUCUACUUCGUCUCCCGCGGCUCCAUCGAGAUCCUCAAGGACGACAUCGUCGUGGCGAUCCUCGGUAAGAACGACAUCUUUGGCGAGAUGAUCCACCUGUUCACCAAGCCGGGGAAGUCCAGCGCCGACGUGCGGGCGCUGAGCUACUGCGACCUGCACACCAUCCAGAGGGACGAGAUCCUGGAGGUGCUGGACAUGUACCCGGAGUUCGCCGACUACUUCCUGGCCAACCUGGAGCUGACCUUUGACCUCCGGGAUGAUAAGACGACCGAUUCCAACACGGACGACGUUGAGGGGCGGAGACGGGUGUCCUACAGACGGAAAUCCUCCACAGGCUCGCACAACAAGGAGCCGGCGGGCGCCGCCUACUGCGACGCCAAGCACGGGCGGCACGUCUUCGCCCCCGCGGCCGCCGAGGAGACGAGGGAGUCCGCCGGGGAGGGGGAGGGCGUCGAGGAGGAGGACGGCAGGGAGGAGGAGCAGAGGCCCCUGUGCGCCGGUGUAGCGGGCUACCCGGUGGUUAGGGACCACGCGGCGGGCGCCGGGCUGAGCGGCGCCGCAGACGCCCAGAACCAGACGUACCACGAGCUCCAUGCAGACGAGUGGGGGCGUCGGCGUCCCGAAGAGGGCGGCGAGGAGGCGUCGGCGUCCCGCUGUCGAGACCCGCCGGGCGGGGAGGACGACAGCGACACGGACCUGACCUACGGGGAGGUGGAGCAACGGCUGGACCUGCUGCAGCAGCACCUCAGCAGACUGGAGUCCCAGAUGACUUCGGACAUCCAGGCCAUCCUGCAGCUCCUCCAGAGGCAGACCACGUCCGGCCCCCCCGCCUACAGCACCGUCACCUCCAGCCCGGAGUACCAGAGGCCGGCCAUCCGGAUCCAGCCGGUGUCCGAGCUCAGCCUGGACCCGGCUCCUCCCCGGCCACAGAGACCCGGCACAGGAAAGACCCAGAACAAAUCCAAAGAGACCCCCCCAGUCCUCCGCACGGAGACCUCUCCAGACGGGAGCGUUGUGGGGCUGCCGGCGGGCGACCCGGAGCCGAGCCACACCCCCAACGGCGUGGAGCCUCCGCCCCCGAGGUCCCCGUCCAGCCGGCAGGCUUCUCUACCCGACAUGCCCAGCAGCUCAGGAAUGUCGGGGCUCUACAGGCCCGUUUCUGACCCGUGGCUUCCAGGAAAGUAGCCCCCCCCCCCCCUCGAGGAACGUCUUCUCUCCAGCUCGACUCAGGGUCUAAGAAAGAGUGUUUAUGCAAAGGAAAACAAACUGUAGACUUUCUUCCAUUUCUUUUUUUCGGACAUCUCCCGGCUCCCUUCUAACUCUGGUCUAGCUGUGUAAAGUCCAUUUAUACCGAGGUCUUUAUACUUAUAUCACGACGUCCUCUCUGUACAUACGCGUCCGAUGGAACGCUGCCAGCAGCACGAGCCCCGCGGGCCUUUUCUAUUAUGCAUGUUUUGGCUUCUCGCGGUUUCCCUUCUUUCGAGUCGCAUGUGGCUCACACGGCCAAUCAGGUGUGAGCUCGGCAUGCUCACCGGCGGCUGCAGCCACGGAGGCUCAUCGGCCGUGACUCCUCCCCCUUUCACUACGGACGACGCUCCGUGAAACUCUCUCCGAGGCUUUUCUUAUAUUCCGCUCGCGGCUUUGAAGCUCCUCUUUUUAUCGGCCGCCCGCCUGCGGAGCUCAACGCUCCGCUUCUUAUUCAGCUCAAACUGAAUAGUGCAGUAGUAAGAAUAGAAUAAUAACAAUGCGUGAACAUCCCAUAGCACAACAAGACUUUUGCAAUAAUGCUGGGGAGGAGAGGAGCAGCAUGGCGGUGUCUCUCUGGAGAGCCUCUCUCUCAUCCUGGGUUGUGCAUUUAGUAGAUUUUAAAAUGCGUAGUUACCGUAUAACCAGCUGCAUCCUGUGAAUAUUUGGGGCAGAUUAGAGGUUUUAAUGAUUUGUUCAUUUACUUUGUCACAAAAAACAUCAUCUCUCGGCACAAGGUGAUGGGUCCCCUCCAGACCAACCAGGAAGUAAAGUAGAAUAAGAAGCCACGUCCUGGCCCCUCCUCCCAGAUGAACCGACGGCCCCGCGUGUCGGUUCUUGGUUGCAUGCUUUAAGUCUUCCAUUGUCUUAACAUUUGUUUGUAAAAUAAAGAGAACAAAAACUUCAAACGCAUCGUUAGUCACGUUUAAGGAGGAUUAAGCUCCGCCUCCAAUAGCCUUACCUUUUAUACGCCUGCUCUAGCCUUUACUGAAUCCUGCUUCUCGGUCACAUGUUUAGGACGCAUGACCAUUAAAUUGUCAAUUUUGUUUUCCAAAAUAAUGCCCAGCAUCAGCUCACGUAUCGCAUGGAGGUCAGCGGAGUGGCCGGUCACGAUGUGUCGGGGUCAGCGCACAACUCAUCCAGAUCUAGAAAUGACUGUUAGGCCUAGUUUUCUAAAAACACAGUUUUGUUUGCCAUUAUUUUUCUAUAUACUUUAGUUUUUGAACCCCCUCGACGUUCAGGCCUCUCUAUGUAGCAAGACGCUGGACGCUGCAUGUUCACAACAUUUCUACGUCAACUUCUUCAGCUUGCUCGACACUUUGACCCCAAAAGAUGGAGGAGCCGUAGUCAUGACGACGGAGGAGAGUACCCUCCCCAGGCCGACAGUCUCUUCUUUAAGCUUUCUUUCACAGAUGUAGAACAAAAGUCUCGACACGUCCGACGCAUGAAGAGCUGAACUUUCGUGGGAUUUGCAAACUUUUGCACAGAUUAGAAGAAAAAACUAAACAACUUGCUGUACUGGAUAUAAAUAUCUUUUUAAAAUCUAGUGCUGUUUUUUUUAAAUGUUUGCCACUGUAUUUUAUACAAUGCACUCAACAGCUCAUUUGAAUGUUUCCGUUCUUGAUUAUAUUUAAAGAAAUGAAAUAUAUUGUGUAAAUACCAGGGGGGGGGAAAACAAAUGCGCAAUUGUAUAAAUGAAUAAACAGAAUGCAUACUGA